AUGCCACUAGUGAUCCCAGACUCGAGCCAGAUUCCCACCUUGGUGGGAGACUAUUCAAGCGUCACCCAUGAAGCGUUGCGUGAACUCAACCCAGAAACUAUUGUUCAUGAGAUCCAGCGGCUGCAAGACAGUGUUGCUCGUCUUCAAGAUUCGAACCGUCAGAUCGAGCAAUUCGUCCACGAGACUGGCAACGAACUCGGUGACCAAGAUCGCACAGAGAUGAGCAACGCUUGCACCGACAACGAUGCCACCAUCAACAAGCAGAACAACAUCGUGCAGAAGCUCUUUGACGUGUUACAAGAAAAGACGGGUCAGGCGGACGGUCAAGUACACUACGGUCUCAAGCGUCCUUCCAGCACAGCAGAGGCGGCCAUUGAGAACGCGCCCACCGACAGCGCAACUCCGAUGCAGGAAGAGUCAGAAGGCAUUUUCCUCUGA